GUAGUUCAGACUCCUGCCCCAACACGGCCGCGGGUCGUCGGCUCGGACAUCUGAGGCCGUCCUGGCCUUCGGCUCUGGGCUCGGAGGAUGGAUCCAGGACCCGGGACCGACACGGCGCCGCUGGCUGGCCUGGUCUGGUCGUCGGCUUCGGCGCCUCCGCCACGGGGAUUCAGUGCGAUCUCCUGCACCGUGGAGGGGACGCCCGCCAACUUCGGCAAGAGCUUCGCGCAGAAGUCUGGCUACUUUCUGUGCUUCAAUUCCUUAGGCAGCCUAGAGAAUCCGCAGGAGAAUGUGGUGACCGAUAUCCAGGUCCUGGUGGACAAGAGCCCCCUCCCACCGGGCUUUUCCCCGGUCUGCGACCCCCUGGACUCCAAGGCCUCUGUGUCCAAGAAGAAACGCAUGUGUAUGAAGCUGGUGCCCCUGGGGGCUGCAGACACAGCUGUGUUUGAUGUCCGGCUGAGUGGGAAGACCAAGACGGUGCCUGGAUACCUUCGAGUAGGGGACAUGGGAGGCUUUGCCAUUUGGUGCAAGAAGGCCAAGGCCCCCAGGCCGGUGCCCAAGCCCCGAGCUCUCAGCCGGGACAUGCGGGGCCUCUCCCUGGACCCACCUGCCCAGCCCAGCAAGGGCGGCUUUCCAGAGCGGACCCUGUCCCGGGUUGGCUCUCGGGCAUCUACUCUGCGGAGGAGCGACUCCAUCUAUGAGGCCUCCAACCUCUAUGGCAUCUCAGCCAUGGAUGGUGUUCCCUUCACACUGCACCCGCGAUUUGAGGGCAAGAGCUGUGGCCCUCUGGCCUUCUCUGCCUUUGCCGAUCUGACCAUCAAGUCACUGGCGGAUAUUGAGGAGGAGUAUAACUACGGCUUUGUGGUGGAGAAGACUGCGGCUGCGCGCCUGCCCCCCAGCGUCUCGUAGCCCUUCGUCAGCCCCAGGGAAGAGCCCCCCCUGCCGGACACCCGGGACUGGCAGCCACCCCACCCCACAGCAUCUUGGGAAUCUUGGUGGCGCAGGGCAUUUUAGACCCUCAGCCACACAGCGGAGCGACAGCCCUGGAGAAGGGGGCAGGACCGGUCCGCUCGGUGAUGGGGUCUCUCGCCCCCUGGGCCCUGCAGGGCAGGGGUGGGGGCUGGACGGAAACCAGUGCCUUCAAGUCAUUUGUGUCAAAACUCUCUGGUGCCUGGAGGCCACGCGGGCGUCCUCCUGGCAAUAAACACCGCCCUGCGCUCGCCGUCUGGAGUCCUGA